GGAACGAUCGACCGCAGCCGGUUCGAUUCUCCGAUUUCCGUGAAUAAGGCCGCGCUGCGACGCGGCCACCAAGGACACCGGAAGAUACUCUGGGGCGCCGCUUAUCACAUGCACUCUCUCGAACAACAGAUGUAUCCGGCGUAAGUACCUGUCACGAUGGGCAUCACGACGACUGGCGCGUACAAUGACAAUCUCGUACGACAACACAGCGACGUCCCAUAAUCCCAUCGCUGACGGAAAUGCACACAUUCGGGGCGGCGCCAUAAGCCGGAAGCGUAAACCGCGGCCCGACAGUCGGCGGAUGAGUGUUCCCGUCCUCGAGUGUCGUCGAGACAGAUUCUCAUCUUUGGUUAGUUGAAAAUCUCGUCUGUUUCUGGUGGGGGAGAAGAGUCGAGAGAUCGACGCGAGAGGGUACGAUGCAACGCGCGCUGGCCCGACGUGAUCGUGCCGACCAAAUGGGAUAAUCGUCGACUCGGAGGAAACAGAGUGAUGGCGCGUCGAGGUACGAUUCAUCUCGGCGUGCAUGUGCGCGUGUGACUUACAAAGUGCCCAAGUGCUGCGGAGAGAUCAAGAAUCGAGUGUCAACGUGGAUCAUCGUGAUUUGGCUUGGCUCAGCAAACAAAUUUCGCGUUGCGGCUUGUAUGCGUGGAAAGCUUCUUGCGGUCUGUCAGGCGAAAAACGGGAUUACGGAUGUGACGAUACGAUGACGCGAGAUCCGCAACGACGGGUAGAUCACCCGUACGCUAUAGACCGGCGGCGGAUACCGAGGAUGGUCCUUCAGAUUCUGUUGAUUCAGAAUUUUAUUACAUUUAAAGCUGUCGCUCAGAUAGCUGAAUGUCCGCCGCCGGAAAUAAUAACGGGCUGUCCCUGCUAUAACUUCGAGGACGGUCUCUUUCUAGAAUGCGCUGGCGCUACGGAAGAGACUCUAAAAACCACUCUAGAAGGCGUGCUAAGUAUUAGCGGCGCGGGCACGAUGGUACAGUCGUUGAGCGUUUACGAGCUCGACAAAAGCAUCGAAGAACUGAGGGAGGGUGCCUUCCCUCCCGGAACUCAAAUCAGACAUCUUCAAAUAUCACAUUCAUCUUUACGGGAAGUGAACGAGGGUGCAUUCACGAAUUUGAAAGAUAGCCUGGAAUCUUUGGCACUGGUCUCCGGUCGUUUGCCCCACGUGCCUCAAAAAUCAUUGGCCGAUCUACGGAAGCUGGCUGCGUUGGACCUCGAGACGAAUCUAAUACAGGACCUCUCGUCUUACUGUUUUUACGGCUUGAAGCUAAUGAAGCUUACACUGAAGGGGAAUCAAAUAUCGAAAAUUUCGGAAUACGCGUUCGCGGGCCUCGAGGACAGUCUCAGUGAUCUUGAUCUAGCUGAAAACAAGUUGAAACUGUUUCCCAUGGCUCCCCUGAGGAGACUCGAGAGUUUGGCUUCGCUCAGGCUGGCGUGGAACGAAAUAUCGGAGCUGCCCGACGACGGUUACAGUCUCCUCAGCUCUCUGCUGAUCCUCGAUCUGAGCAGCAACAAUUUCGAGAAACUAGCCGAGGACUGCUUCAGACCCUGUCCCAUCCUUCACACUCUGUCUCUCUACUACAACUCCAUCGAGAGCAUUCAUAAGGACGCGUUCGCGUCGCUGAAGGAUCUCGAGUCGAUCGAUCUGAGCCACAACAAAAUAGUCUUCCUCGACGUGGCGACGUUCAAGGGAAACGAACGAUUGCGCACGAUCGAGCUCAGUCAUAACCACAUUCACUACAUCGGUGGCGUGUUCGCGCGACUGCCCGAACUGAGGGAGCUUUAUCUCGCGGAAAACAAUAUCCUAGAGAUCCCGGGAGACGCGUUCGCCGGCAGCGUCAGCCUCGCGGUGGUGUAUCUUCAGCAGAACGCCAUCCGUAGAAUCGACGCCAAGGGUCUUACGAGUCUCGCGCAGCUAGCGCAAUUGCAUCUGAGUAACAACUACAUCGAGAAGGUGCCGCGGGAAUUCCUGGAGCACUGCGAGAACCUCUCUUCGCUCUCUCUGGACGGUAACAAGAUCCGCGAACUGCAGCCAGGCACAUUCCUUAAGCUGCAUCAAUUGCGCGAGAUGCGGCUGCAGGAUAAUCAUAUAACGGAGGUGAAGCGCGGCGUUUUCACACCGUUACCGGCGCUCCUCGAGCUACAUCUACAAAACAACGCCAUCACCUCCAUGGAGACGGGCGCGCUGAGAACGCUGAAUAGUCUCCAGCACGUUAAUCUGCAGGGCAAUCAGUUGGCCAUGCUCGGCGACGUCUUUCAGCUGUCCGCCUCAGAAUCAUCUUCCGGCGGAAGCUCUUUGGUGUCUAUUCAGCUGGACAGUAACGGCUUGGCCGUUCUACACAACGAUUCUCUGCGCGGCCAAGCGUCCGUCAGAAUCAUGUGGCUGGGUCACAACAAGCUGACACACCUACAAGCUCCUCUCUUCAGGGAUCUCCUUUUGGUGGAGCGCCUUUAUCUGACGAACAAUUCCAUAUCCAAGAUCGAGGACGCCGCUUUUCAGCCGAUGCAGGCUUUAAAAUUUCUCGAGCUCAGCAUGAAUAAGCUGAGUCACGUAACAACGAGGACGUUCUCGGAGCUGCACGAGCUCGAGGAACUGUAUCUGCAGGAUAACGGCUUGAGAAGACUGGAUCCCUACGCGUUGACGGCACUUAAGAAACUGCGAGUGUUGGAUCUCGCCAAUAAUUAUCUUACCGUUCUGCAAGACGCGAUGUUUCAAGAGGAUUUGCCAAUUAAAACGUUAAAUCUAAAGAACUGUUCGAUAACCACGAUAGAAAACGGUGCCUUUCGAGGGCUCAACAACUUGUUCGAUCUCAACCUGGACGAGAAUCUCCUUACGGCGAUGGCGCUGCUGCGCCUGCACGUUCCCGGUCUUCGUACCCUCGCGGCAUCCGGCAACAAUUUCAGUCAGAUCACGGAGCACUGUUUCAACGGACUGCCGUCUUUGCAGGAACUGUUCAUGGACGGCUCGCAAAUAAGUCAAUUGCCGGAGACCAUCUUCGUGCUGAAUCGGAAUCUGGCGCGCCUACACUUGAAUCAUAAUUAUCUGCGUGCUCUGCCGCCGGGCAUUUUCGAUAGGUUACUAUCGUUGCGGGAGAUACAUUUGAAUCACAAUCGAUUCCAAGAUAUCCCAUAUUCGGCGCUCGCGAGCGCCCUUAAUCUCGAGAUUCUCACGUUGUCUACCAACGAGAUUCUUAACGUCGACGUAGCCAGCUUCGCUAGCUUGAAGCAUCUGCGAGAGUUGGAUCUGAGCCACAAUAAGAUCGAAACAAUGUCCGGAUUCGCGAUGGCCAAUCUAUCGCGUUUGACAUCCGUGGAUCUCAGUCACAAUAAUUUGAACGCUCUACCAGCCAACUUCUUCGCGCAUUCGUCCUUGUUACGUAGAGUAGACCUGUCGGAGAAUAAAUUCCGACAGAUACCCGCGGUGGCUCUCUCGGGUCAGAAUCUUCCCGGUCUGGCCUGGCUGAAUCUCACGCGAAAUCCUCUAAACAGAAUCCACGAUCUGCCGUCGGAGGCGAUGUAUCCUGUUCUCCAGGAGGUACAUAUAUCUGGCACCAACCUCAGUAUAGUGACUUCGCAAGAAUUCGAAGCCUUCCCAGCGCUGCUGCAUCUUUAUCUCGGUCAGAAUUGUAUCCUGCGCGUGUCACCGGGCGCAUUUCGCAGUCUUCCGAAUCUGCUCACUCUUCAUCUCGGCAUGAACAGCUUAGAGAUCCUACCGAAGGAGAGGCUUCAGGGCAUGGAGCAUCUACGGAUACUCAAUUUAACGCACAACCGUUUGAAGGAACUGGAAGAGUUCCCGGAGGAUCUCAAAUCCCUACAAAUACUGGACCUGUCUUACAAUCAGAUCGGCAUUGUCGGCAAAGUGACGUUCAAAAAUUUAAUUAGUCUGGUGGAGCUACACCUUUAUGGUAAUUGGAUAAACGCCAUUUCCAGCGAGGCGUUUAGACCCCUGAAGAAGUUACGUCUACUUGACUUAAGUAGGAAUUAUCUGGAGAACUUGCCGCUGAACGCUUUCCGGCCACUCGAGACACAAAUAAGGAGCCUGCGGGCUGAAGAAAACCCGUUGCACUGUGGCUGCGAAUCGCAAGAAUUGUGGGAAUGGUUGAGAGACCAUCAGAAAUUGGUGAGUGGGGUCGGCGGUGGUCGUAGCCGCGGAAGAAAUGGUGUCGGAGUCGGUGACGUCGAGGGCGGUUUGUUAAGAUGCGAGCAGCCACCCGAACUCCGGGGUCUCGUCUUCCUCGAUCUUGACCCCCACGCCUUCUGUUCCGCUCCACUGGUCCUGAAACUCGCAAUUCAGGACAUUCAGCCCUUCUCCGUUCUGGUAUCGUGGCAAAGUAGGAAUCAUUCCGGCCUCCACGGAUACCAAGUGGCGUAUCACGCCUUGGACAACGUCGACGAAGUUCGAGGUAAGCUGCUAGAUCCAAAGGCACGUUCGGUGAGAUUGACGAAGUUGGCAUCUGACACGCGCUACCUGAUCUGCGUACUUGGCUUGGGCAGUUGGGGCACACCGAUCCCAGAGGACAUCGGCUCCUGGCAAUGGAACGCCUCGCACGAUGACGUGAUCGAAGGAUCCUCGUUGCCCGUGAUGGUGAACUCGCCUACGAGCCGGUGCACCGAGGUCAGAACUUUAGACGCACCCGACUCGAUAGUGGGCGACGGCACGGUGAGCGACAGGGGCAGUUUAGCGAAUAUCCUCACAAGACGGCUGGGCCUGAUUGUGGGUAGCUGCAUGGGCUUCGUCGUCUUUAUCGUGCUAAUCUCCGUUCUGGGUUACGUGAAAAUGAAGAAACAGCGGGCGACGAUCAAGCGGGAUCAGCCGUUGUCGAAUCCACCGGAGUACAUGUCCUACAGGCACUUUUCGUUGCAGAGCGGUGACAGAGCGGAAAACGCCUGUCCGAGUUUCAUCAGUAACAUCGGGCCGCCGCCUCUCAGCUCGUAGCAGAAGGCGAAGGAGUCUCGUAAAGAGACCGCUCAACAUGACAUCGAGAUGAAGACCGUGUCGACUUGCACCAGCAUCUACAGCUAAUAAUCGCGCGGCACGGUGAGAGAUGACGACGACGCGUCAACGACGCUUUCGAUAUGUCGUCGGAUAAAGUGAAGACGAGAAGAACGAGACGGCCCCGCGGGUGUGUCGUAUCGAAUCUUCGAACUUUUAAUCUGCAUUUCAAAUAAUCGAAUAAAAAAAACCGUCGAUUGUAUCGAUCGCAACGUGGAACGAUAACAUUCGUGACGAACGUGAUUUUUAUUCCGGCCGUUGCGAGUCGACAUAAUUUCGUUUAUGCAAUCCACAGGAAGAGACAAAGGUUCGACUUACGUAGCAAAUAAUCAAAACAGCAAGGCGCGCGCAAUUGAUAAAAUUUUUUAAUUCACAACGACAUUGCGACGUAGAAGAGUUUUUCUACUAUACAUCGUCAGACGUGACCGCGGCGUCAAUGUUUUCGCGACUAAGCUCGCGUACGGAAGAAGGAAUUCGACGUAGCCAAGUGCCAAAAAAUACAUGUCCCUACGUACAACGCAAGUCUCUCACGCACAUACGAGUUGCACGACUUCCACUGGAAGAAAAGAACGUUCACGAGUGACUUGAUCUCAUCAUCACGCAUCAGCAAGGAAACGUCAAUGUAAACGUGCGAUUUCGGCACGUCGCGACAUUGGAAAAUCAUGCCAAAAGACCGGGAAACGUUCCCGCGUGAAAUUCAAGGACUGCCUGCGAGAAAAUCAAACAUACGCGAUAAAAUUAGCAUUUUGACAGAUUUUACCGAAGCACGGUUUCUCUUCUUUUUUUUUACAAUGUACACCACGGGAAAAAACCGCCGGCGUUAUUGGUGAGUACUCCCGCCGUUCUACGAAAACAAGCAACCGAGCAACGAUCAAGUAUCGAUCUUCCCUCACUCUUCGAAACUUGGAAUCUCUCGUACGAAGACUGAUUUUUUACGCUAUUUAAAAAUUUCCUUCAUAAUUCCGAGACUCCUCCCCGUAUCGUACACUUGGCGCGACACAUUUUUGUAAAUACGUAACGUGAAACAUCGCGGCAUAAAACGAUGUCCAUCGAAGAUGUGUGUAUCCGUGAAAUUUGUCUUUAUUAAAGUGCUGCGCAAGCAAUAUUAAACUUAUUCGUAUCAAUAGUUUCUAACAAUCAGCACUAACGUAAUUAAGAAGAGACGCGAGCCACGACGAAAGACAACCUCUUUAAGACAUUGCAAUAGAAAAGAUUUUACGAACGGACGUGAUCCAGCCUCUUCGAUUUUAAUAUCACGUCACGAGGCGGGCAUAUCUCGUGACACAACGAUUCGAACUCAUGAAUUGCGAAAGACUAAGUGUGAUUCCUGCCAAGAAGAAGAAGAAAUAAUCGAUUCCAAGUUGCCAAAUGUUAACUGUGUAUCGAAUAUCGUGAAAAAAAAAACAAAUCGGUUUAUUGUAUAUAGAUAGAGAAUAUAUAUACACAUAGCAUUCUUUAUUAUAGUCUAGGCUUUCGGUUAAUAAAAGUACCCCACAAAGCUGUAAAAAUUAA